AUGUGUGCAAGUAUUUCCUUACAGGGCUUUGCCCCCACGACUUAUUCGAGAACGAAGGUUUGGGAUGGCGCUUGUUGUUGCGCUCUGCAGGCGGGCUUCCUUACUCUCAACAUCCGCAAUCGUCGGAGGUUGGUGUUUGUGUGUGUGCGGCUUCUUCUUCAGAACUACCAUAACAUGAAGAACAAGUUCUACUUGGGUCCGUGCAAGAAGAGACAUAUAGAGACGCUUCGAGAUCAGUACUUUGAAGCAAGAAAACAGAAAAGAUAUGGGGGUUUUGGGCUGUUUUGA